AUGUUCCUGCUGUGUCUGGAGUCGGUCUACAGGAAGCUGACGGGCCGGGAGCUGCAGUAUCGGGCGCUGCUGGGAAAACCUGGCCUGCUGACCUACCAGUACGCCGAACGGCAGCUGAGACGGCAGAACCAUGACCACAAGCUGACCACCAUCUACGCCAUCGGCGACAACCUGAUGACAGAUAUCUACGGUGCUAACCUGUACAACCACUACCUGGGUCAGCAGUCCGCCGCCGUGACGACCGCCGCCAAGCUUGUUGCCCGGGGAACAGGGAGUCAGGUGACAGUGACGGCGGAGGAGGGGGAGUGUGGCGCCGCUCAGUGUCGCUCCAUCCUGGUACGUUCACAGCUGCUGUUUCUGUUUAACACUUUCACACCCUCAUCAGUGCUCUGCGCUGCACUCAGACGCCUCUCACAGUAUUUAACCCUUUAA